ACAGGUGGGGAUGGGGUGGGGGGAAAGCAAAGCAGGAUGUGGCGACUUUAGGGGAGGAGCCUGAGGAAGAACCCACUGCAGCAGUAACAGCAGUGGGUUGUGAGAAGUAAAGGCACGCGACAAGCGUUCUGGCCAAGCAGAGACAGCACAAAAGCCCUGAGGAGUCGCCAAUUUUUGAGGAGGCCCCAUGGCGAGCAGAUGAACAAGGAUGAGAAAAUUGGGGUGAGGUCAGAAGCGUGCGCCGGGGGCCUGUCAUGUGGGGGCUUGUAGCCCUGGGAAGAAAUUGGAAUUUUAUUCUAGACCCCGUGGGAUGGGCAUAGGAAUGACAUGCUCCUGUUUUCAUUUAUAAAAACAAAACAAAAUAACAGAACCGCGUCGCUGUGCUGAGAAUAGAUUUAGGAGUGAAGGUGGAAAUAAGGAAUUAAGAGGCUGUCGUCCUUGGCUAGUUGAGGCUGAUGGUGGCCUGGACCAAUGUGGAACUGGUGAAGGUGGAGAAAAAUGGAAGAACAGGAAAUGGGAUUUUGGAGGCAAAGCCCAUGGUGGUGGCGAACUGGAUGUAACAGAGGACGGAAAGAAAAACCAAGGAGAGAGAAGAGAAAAACUCUUUUAACUGUGUGAAGUUGGGUGGUGCUGCUCUGUGUUGCCUGGAAAGGGGUCACUGGGGGAAGGGAUCAGGUGGGAGGGGCCAAGCAUCCUCCUCGGGCCAUGACAAGUUAAGAGAGGCCUGUGAGCAAUCCAAGCUGGGGUAUCAGGUAGCCAGUUGGAUAUGUGAGACUGGAGCUUGGGGGAGAGGUCCUGCUUGGAAAUAUAAGUUUUGGAAAUGUCCGCAUAUAGGAGACAGCGUGUUUAAAGCCUCAGGACUAGAUGAGGUGACCUAGGAGAUGAGUGUGGAUGACAGAGAAAGAACCCGGCCAGAGACUCGGGGCCAUCUGCAUGGUGGGGGGCGGGGAGGAAGAUGUAGUUAAGGGGGCAAGGAGUGACCAUGAAAUAGGCAGAGACCAGUGCUGAGACCCAGAAAAGGAUCCGUGGAGCAAAGAUAACAUGACCCUGACUCGAGGUCAUCGCCGUGCAGUGGUAGGGACUGGAGUUUUGCCUGAGUGAGUGGAAGGCAGAGAUUGUGGGAGGGGAGGUGGAGGGAAAGCGAGGCCAAGCCAUCCUUCUGGUAUGAAAGUGACAAGAACUUUCCCACCAAAGAAAGUUCAUACCGUUUCUGUGAAAGGAGAGAAAGGAAGGCUGGCAGACAGGGAGAUGGAAGAAAGAAAAAUAACUCCCGAAAGGAGAGAGCCAUUACCACAGGCAAGAUUGAGAAGGAUGGGGAGGCCCAGGGCCGGGAGGGGAAGAUGGAUCCAGGAGGCAGGGCAGAGGCGCUGCAGGAAGGUGUCUGAUUUCUCAGAAUGGAGCCGCUGGUGGAUGUCACCCAGCCCAACUCCCAUCUCACGUUGCUGCCAGCACCAGGCACUUUCUCCGAUUCCCCUCUGAGUCCUGCCAAGCCUGGGAAUACCCGGUGAGGUGAGGGAAAGAACAGGUUUCACUCAUUCAUUUAAGAAACAGUCCCUGAGGCCUUCCAGGCACCAGGCCUUGCAAUCUCAGAGCUGGGAACUCGGAUCUGAAGACAGGCAGCGCGGCCAAUCGGAAUGCAGAGGGAGGUGUGCUCUGAAGGGGGGCCCUUCCCUAGCUCGGGAGGGGACGUCUGUGUGUCACCAUCUCCCUUCAUCCGUCCAUCCAUUUGCUCAUUCGUUCAUUCAUGCAGAUCACCCAUACACGCUUCCUAAGGCCUCCUGUGUAACAUUUUGGGCUGGGUGGUGCCGAGGCCAACGAGAUGGGGUUCUCUUGCACCCGAGCCCUGCCAGAGGCUUAUGGGAGAGCCAGACACAGCUGUACACAAUCGCAAUCACAUCCCAGGGCCAUGCACGCUCCAACGGAAGCAGCACAGGGCGCCCGGUGGACAGAGAAGGUUAGGAUGCACCGGGCCGGCUGGAGCCGUCAACCAUGGGCAAAGGAGUUGGUGAAAGGUGGGUCCCCCCUGGGCCAUCGCAGAGGGGCUGCGGGAGGGAGUGAAGGGGUAAAGAUCAGGCCCUGCUGCCCUUCCACACGGCUGUCCCCGUCCCUGUCCCUGGGGGAGCUGAAACUGCAUGGAAGGUCCCCCGGGGGUGCCCCGUCUAAUAAACUCGAUGAAGAGGACUAUGGCUCUGGUUCCCACGCCCCUAACACCAGCUUCUCCCUGAGGCCUGCCCUUUCCACCUCCUGGGGAGCUGAGGACCCCAGCCCGGGACUCUCCCUUACCAUCCUUCAAGAUGCAAGGGAUUUGGGCCCCAGUCUUCUCCUCCUCAGACUAGGGGUCCAGGCCCCCAGCCCCUCCUCCCUCAGACCCAGGGGUCCAGGCCCCCAGCCCCUCCCCACUCAAACCCAGGGGUCCAGGCCUCCAGCCCCCUCCCUCCCGUCUCACGAGUUAAAGUCCCCAGUUUCUUCUCUUUCAGGGACCCAAGACCCCCGGCCCCAGCUUUCUCCUCCCUCAUACCCAGGAGUCCUGCCUCCCCGCCCCUCUUCCCCUGGACCGAGCAGUUCGGGUUCCCAGCCAGGCCUGCUCCGGACCAAAACUCCUGGUUCCCUGCCCUGCCCCCUCUCCUGCCAGCUGGGAGAUGGGACCCUCAGCUCCCGCCCUUGCCCCUUAAGGAAGUAAAAGUCCUUUCGGUCUCCAGCGGGUCAGGACCUGGCCCCCAGCCCCUCCUCCCAGGGCAGACGUCCUUCUCCCUGCCCCUCGUUCCCUUAAAAUACCCGGGAUCCCUAUGGCAACAGGCGGCGGCAACAGGUGCGGGUGUUAUUUACGGGUCGAGCCCGAAAUAGCCGGCGAUGGUGAAGGGGGUGGGCGGAUGGGGGCGAGGCUGGGAGUGAGCGGAGCUGCCGGGCCGGCGGGCGGAGCGGGCAGUGGCGUGCAGAACCGACGGCUCGGAGGCAUCGCGGAGCUGGGGUCGGCGCCGCGCAGAGGCAGGAGAGCGAGAGGGGUCCCUACCCAGGAGACGGGGGUGGGAGGCCUGAGGGAGGCGCCUGGCCUGGAGCUGAGCCUGGAGCCGUCCCGACCCGGCCGGCCCUGGGAGCCCGGGGGAGGGGAGCCGAGUGAUCCCAAAGGGACACCGAGUCCCUUCCGGGUCCCAGUUGUCCUUUGAGCCGCGUGAGGGGACUUGGUCCCCAUUUCCUGAGCCGCAUUGCGGACCACAGCACCUUCAUCUGAGCCCCAGCAGGGACCCCAGGUCCCCCUCCUGAGCCUUGGGGGUGUCCCUCAGCCCCUUUCUCUCAGCCCCUAGGGCAGACCUUCUCUGGUCUUUUCUCUGAAUGGCCAGGGAGACCCCCCUCCCCUCUUCCUGAAUUCCAGCAGGUCCCCAGCCUCCUGUCUCUGAACCCCAGCCAGGACUCUGCUGGUCCCCCCUGUGAAAGUUGGGGGAAUCCUACUGCCUCUCUGAGACUCCAAAGUAAUUCUGACCUCCCCUUCUGAACUCCCUGCACCCCAAUUUUUCCUCUUCUGAACCCCAGGGCGGACCCAACUUCUCCUUCACCAGACUCUGAGCCCCAAAGAAGCCAGGAAGCAUCUCCUCUCAAACACAGAGAGGACCUCAGCUCCCCUUCCUGUGUAUCCCAAACUUUGAGCCCUAGUGGGAAGCUCGGAUUCCCUCCCCCCAAGGAAACACAGCUUCCCUUUGGUGAUUCCCUCCAGUGGGGACCCCAGAGCAGCCCCUCAGAGCUUCAGCUGACACUCAGCUCUCCUGCUUCUGGAGCUCUCAGGCCCCCCUCCUGGGUGCCCAGGUUCUAGCCGUGAGGCUGGGGGAACCUAGCUUCAUCUCUAGUCUCAUCUUCUUUGCUGAGCUUCUGUGGGUACCCCAGGCUCUUCUCUGAACCUCAGAGGGUUCCCAGCAGAGGAUCUAGGUCCCAGAAGUGACCUCGAUUUCCUCAUUUGAGGUUCCAGGGAGGAUUCAGAUCUUCCCAUUUCACAGACCAGUGGAAACUGAGCCCCUCACCUGCUUCAAGACCCCAGGCGCUUCCCUCCCCACUCCCACCCCUCAGGAGCCCUCCUCAGCUCUGCCUCUUUCGCACCUGGGCCCUAUCGCCCGCGACGAGGAUGAUGAUGUGGUCCAACUUCUUCAUGCACGAGGAGGACCGCCGGCGGCGAGCUCACAGGGCGCGCAAGGCCAAGAUGACCCCUGAGCACGAGGGGAAGAUUAAGCUGGCGCUGCUGCUGACCUCCGUGGGUGCCACGCUGGCAGUGCUGGCCGUGGGCACCGAGUUCUGGGUGGAACUCAACACCUACAGGGACAACGGCAGUGCCGUCUGUGAUGCUGCCCACCUGGGGCUCUGGAAGAUGUGCACCAAGCGACUGUGGCAGGCGGACGUGCCCGCCGGCAGAGACACCUGCGGCCCAGCGGAGCUGCCCGGAGAAGCAAACUGCACUUAUUUUAAAUUCUUCACCACGGGAGAGGAUGCUCACAUCUUCCAGAGAACCACAAAGAAAGAGGUAAAUAUGGCAGCUGCGGUGAUAGCAGUGCUAGGCAUGGCAGUCAUGGCCCUGGGGUGCCUCUGUGUCAUCAUGGUGCUCAGCAAAGGAGCAGAGUUCCUGCUCCGGGUUGCAGCCAUCUGCUUUGGCCUCUCAGGCCUGCUGCUUCUGGUCAGCCUGGAGGUGUUCCGCCAUUCCGUGCAAGCCUUGCUGCAGAGAGUUAGCCCUGAGCCUCCCCCGUCCCCGGCCCUGACCUAUGAAUACUCCUGGUCUCUGGGCUGUGGCGUGGGGGCCGGCUUGGUCCUGAUCCUGGGGAGUGGCUUCUUUUUCCUGCUCACCCUGCCUCCCUGGCCCUGGGGCUCCAUCUGUCCCAAGUGGGGGCACAGGGCCACCUAGGGUCACCGUUGUGCUUUCUCUAAGCAACUCCCAAACGCUUCGCCUUUCUCCAUUGUGCCCCUCAGAAUCUUUUGUCCCAUGUCCUAGAGAAACUGUGUUCUCCCUGCUCUAGGGGCCCAUGCUGUUUGCACAGAACUGCCCCUCACGCCCUCAUCUUUUUUUCUCUGUAAAUAUGUUUUUCUCGGGGGCUGAAUUUGGGUUGCUUAGGAGUGGGAUGGGGAGAGGAUUUUUGCAAACGAGGAUCCCCAGGGAAGGCUGGUGGGGACCUG